AUGGGAAAGUUAAUUAAAAUACCGGCGGAGCUACCGGCCAUGGGGAUUGGAGCUGUGGUCGGCGACUGGUGGGAAGAGAUCAACGAGUCGACUGAAUGGCAAGACGGAAUUUUCUACGCUCUUUGUGGUGCUUACGCUCUUGUUUCCGCCGUUGCUUUGAUUCAAUUAAUUAGGAUUGAAUUGAGAGUGCCAGAGUAUGGAUGGACGACGCAGAAAGUUUUUCAUCUCAUGAAUUUUGUCGUUAACGGAGUGCGGGCGAUUGUGUUUGGAUUUCAUAAACAAGUAUUUAUUAUGCAUCCUAAGGCAUUGGUUUUGCUAUUAUUGGAUCUACCGGGACUUCUGUUCUUUUCUACGUAUACUCUGCUUGUUCUAUUUUGGGCAGAGAUAUAUCAUCAGGCGAGAAGUUUGCCGACAGAUAAGCUUAGGGUUGUUUAUAUUUCGGUCAAUGCUGCAGUGUACUUCAUUCAGGUUUGCAUCUGGGUCUACCUUUGGGUAGAUGACAACAGCGUUGUGGAAUUAAUUGGAAAGAUAUUUGUUGCAGUGGUGUCGAUCAUAGCUGCAUUAGGUUUCUUGGUGUAUGGUGGAAGAUUAUUUUUUAUGCUCAGACGCUUCCCUAUUGAAUCUAAAGGGAGAAGAAAGAAGCUUCAUGAGGUUGGAUCAGUUACAGCCAUAUGCUUCACUUGCUUCCUUAUCAGAUGUUUUGUGAUUCUUCUAUCUGCUUUUGAGGCAGAUGCCUCCCUUGAUGUUCUGGAUCAUCCGGUUUUGAACUUGAUCUAUUACUUGCUUGUUGAGAUUCUGCCGUCAGCUCUAGUGCUCUACAUCCUGCGGAAGUUGCCUCCUAAGAGAAUAUCAGCACAAUAUCACCCAAUUCUAGUUGAUGUUGGAGUUGAGCAUGCAAGAGAGCUAACAAGACAUCCAGAUGUCUAUGCUGGCCUGGCGCAUGAUGGCUCUGAUUCUUUUUGA